AUGUCUGAAGAGCACCCGGUACUAAAGCCGAAAAAGCGGAACUCGGCCGAUGCUGAGAGCGUUGGUGAUACACCUGCUCCACGGAGUAAGAGGGGCAAAUACACGUCUGUUGCUUGUGAUGACUGUAAGAAAAAGAAACUCAAGUGUAUUCCCUCAGAGGAUAACGCAUGUGAGAGAUGUAUCGCCGGUGGAUUGACGUGUACGUUCGCGACGAGUUCACAAGCUACCAAGGAGAAGCCCGAUGAUAAUCAAAAUAUUCAAGCUCUUAACCAUCAAUUAUCAGAGCUUCGUCAGCAAAUGUCAGAUCUCGUCGGCGUCGUCCGCGAGCUCAAAGACCAGAACCAGAACCAACACCAAACCCUUCCCCAUGAUGCAUCAACCGCAUCAUCCCACAACAUAGUAACCCACUCGCCCGCGAGCACGCACCGCGGCGAAAUGCCCAAACAGCCCCAAUUCGUCGGUCCAACGCGUUCCGCAUUCGGCAUUCUUGUUAGCGAACGCUCCCUCAAUCGCAUGGGCGUCCCGAAAUUCGACUCCAUGCCUCCCAGCGGCGCUCAAUCUCCAAUCGAACCAGCCCUGGACUCCAUUAAUGAUUUAAGUUUCUGGCACUGCUGCACGGCGAGUGACAUCACAAAGUAUCUCGUCAAUUUCCAGGAGGAGGUCGAGUCGGUGUAUCCGUUUAUCGACAUCGCGGAGUAUAUCGCGCAGUCGAAGGAGAUACUACAGGCGAUUCGUGGUGGUGGGUUUGAGGAUGAGGGGAGGGUGAGCAGUAAGGAUAUUGAUAUUGCAAAGGUGGCGAUAUCGACGGGAAUUCUGCUCGAGGAGCCGAGUAAGCUUGAGUUAGCGACAGCGAUUGUAGACUCAGUGCAGACGAAUGUAUCGAGCAUUCUGAGUCCGCAGGUUGACUUGAAGGAAGUUCAGCUUUUGGCAAUGCUGAGUAUAUACUACUUCCACGCAGGCGAGGAGCUAUUAGCCUGGCGCUCUAUCGGCAUAGCAGCACGGCAAGCUCUAGAAAUGGGCCUUCAUCGAAAGAGGAGCCUUUUGGAUAACUUUAAAGACACGGAUUCUCGCCGUUUAGCGACACGUGUGUUUUGGUGCGUGUACGUGCUUGAUCGACGAUGGAGUUUUGGAACGAGUUUAUCGUUUGCGCUGGUUGAUAAGGACGUUGAUCCAGAAUUACCUAAGCCUGAUGAAGAGUAUUUGUAUCUUCAGUGUAUGGUUGGAUAUGGUCAACUAUGCUCUAAAAUCUGGGAGGCCAUUCCACCGUUUGGCUCAGCUUCUCAAACUAUCCCCGACGAUACAGCUGCUAUUCUCGAUCUGAAAACUCAAGAUUGGCUGGACUCUAUUCCACCGCAUCUGCGACUUCGUCAUCCUCGUCUUGGUCUUGCACCACGAGCUCAACCUCGACUGCCACAUCGUCUGCGGGCGCUAUUAUACCUCCGUGGCAACUACGCUCGUAUUCUCAUUUAUCGGCAUCACCUAAUGAGCACGGCCAGCAUAGCUUCGAAUCCACAGAAUGCAUGGUUGGUAGUCGAUAUAGCGCAGGAUACUAUCCAAGUUCUGGUUCAUCUGCAUGCUACGACGGAUAUCUACAAACGACAGCAGAAUGUCUUCAACUAUUUUCUACUCAGUGCUCUGGCAGUUAUUUUCUUGGCUGUGUGUCACGCCCCAGAGAUCUUCUCCGUGCCGUGCAAACGCACAUUCUCAGACGGCGUUGAACUAGUGCGAGGAUUAUCACGACAUAACAUUGUGAGCAAAAGACUUUGGAAGAGUAUUCGCGGUAUGAUUCCCCGAAUGAACACCUUUGGCUUUCCUCAAAACGGCGAAGACGGCGAGCCUCGAAAAGAUGAUGAAACUGGGGCUGCAAAUGAGCAGACUGUUCCGCAAGUCGAAGUCAACGCUGAAGAGCACGUCCCCAUGGCAAUGCCUGAAAACGAAGCCUUUUCCUUCGGCGACAUGAUGUUUGGUGAUGCAGACGUUGCGAAUUCAGUUCCCGAUAUGUUCCAAAUGAGCGAAUCACUCCUCAAUCUCUUCAACGCAUUUGGCGAAGGGCAGCAAUUCUUACAACCCGUUCCAAGCACAUUCAGCGAAGAGGGAGAGAUAUAUCCAUGA